AAUGCAGACCAUUCCAGGAGAACAGACGCAACACGAAACGGAGGCAGGCCAUGCUUUUCCACGGGAUCUCCGGAGGCCACAUCCAAGGAAUCAUGGAGGAGAUGGAGAGGCGAUCCAAGACCGAGUCCCGCCUGGCCAAAGGGGGACAGAUGAACGGCCGAGAAACGAACAUGCCCCCCAUGAGCCCCGAGAAGCCUGCUUUGUGUGCUGGUUGUGGAGGGAAGAUCUCAGACAGAUAUUACCUGCUGGCUGUUGACAAACAAUGGCACCUCAGGUGUCUUAAGUGCUGUGAAUGUAAACUGGCUUUGGAGUCAGAACUCACCUGCUUUGCCAAGGACGGCAGUAUUUACUGCAAGGAGGAUUACUACAGAAGGUUCUCCGUGCAGAGAUGUGCCCGCUGCCACCUUGGGAUCUCAGCCUCCGAAAUGGUCAUGAGAGCCAGGGAGUCGGUUUAUCACCUGAGCUGCUUCACCUGCACGACCUGCAACAAGACUCUGACCACGGGCGAUCACUUUGGCAUGAAGGACAACCUGGUUUACUGCAGGGCCUUCGAGUCCCUUUUGCAAGGAGAAUAUCCCCCUCAGCUGAGCUACACCGAGCUGGCUGCCAAGAGCGGAGGGCUGGCCCUGCCUUACUUUAACGGCACUGGCACGGUCCAGAAGGGGAGGCCCAGGAAAAGAAAGAGCCCUGCCUUGGGAGUGGACAUCGUCAGCUACAACUCAGGUUGUAAUGAGAAUGAGGCAGAUCACCUGGACAGAGACCAGCAGCCUUAUCCCCCAUCCCAGAAGACAAAGCGCAUGCGCACCUCCUUCAAGCACCACCAGCUUCGUACCAUGAAGUCCUACUUUGCUAUCAACCACAACCCAGAUGCCAAGGACCUCAAGCAGCUUGCCCAGAAAACAGGCCUGACCAAGAGAGUUCUGCAGGUUUGGUUUCAAAACGCAAGAGCCAAAUUCAGAAGGAACCUUUUGCGGCAGGAGAAUGGGGGUGUCGAUAAAGCUGACGGCACCUCACUACCGGCACCGCCCUCAGCAGACAGCGGCGCACUCACUCCACCCGGCACUGCGACCACUUUAACAGACCUGACCAAUCCCACUAUCACUGUAGUGACAUCAGUGACCUCUAACUUGGACAGCCACGAAUCCGGGAGCCCCUCACAAACUACCUUAACAAAUCUUUUCUAACAUUUCAGUUUGGUUUUUUUUUUAAUUCUUACUCUUCAUUAUUAUUAUUAUUAUAAUUAUUAUAAUUAUUAUUAUUAUUUUCAAGCCUUUUUUUUUUAAAAAAAAAAAC